AUGCCUCCGCGCAAGCGGCCGCAACCCGCGGCAAGCGCUGCUGCAGCCUCAUCCUUGUCAUUCCAGCCGCGAAAACCUGCAAGAAACGAUGCUGCUGCGAAACGAAAAACCUCACAAGCCGUCAACGGUCAUGAUCAUGAUCACGAUCACGAUCAUGACCACGACCAUAAACAUAGCCACCCCACUAAAGCUCGAAAAGUCGAUCCCUUCGAUGCGCUGUUGGAACCCUUCUAUUAUAACAAGUCUUUGACGGAUCCUAUCAAUACUGCGCGCGAUAAAUGGAAUCUGCUGCCGGCUUUCCUCAAAGUCAAGGGCCUUGUGAAACAGCAUAUUGACUCCUACAACUAUUUCAUUGAAGUCCAGCUCAAAAAGAUCGUGGAAGCUAGCUCGACUAUAUACGUUGAUACUGACGCUUCUUUCUUCCUCAAGUUUACCGAUAUCUAUAUUGGCAGCCCUCGCCGAAGUGAUGAGCCCAAGGACCGAGUGGAAUCUGACUCGACGGUAACACCAAAUGAGUGUCGACUACGAGAUAUGACUUAUGCAGCUCCGAUUUUUGUGGAUUUCGUGUACAAACGUGGAGGAGAGAAAGUCACGCAAACUGGCGUUCCUAUCGGUCGUAUGCCCAUCAUGCUGAGGAGUUCCAAAUGUGUCUUGUCCAACAAAGAUGCCACCGAGAUGCAUCUGCUGAAUGAAUGUCCGCUUGAUCCAGGUGGAUAUUUCAUCGUGAACGGCACUGAAAAGGUCAUUUUGGUCCAGGAGCAACUUAGCAAGAAUCGUAUCAUCGUCGAAACUGAUCCCAAAAAGGAGAUCGUACAAGCCUCCGUGACCAGUUCGUCCAAUGAACGCAAGUCGAAGAGCUACAUCAUUCUCAAAAAAGACCGCUUGUAUCUCAGGCACAAUGUUCUGAGUGAAGACGUGCCGCUGGUCAUUGUUCUCAAGGCCAUGGGCGUUCAAUCUGACAAAGAAAUGAUGCUUCUCGUUGCUGGGUAUGAUGAACUGUACCAAGAAGACUUCGCCAUCAACUUUGAAGAAGCAAUCAAGCAGGGUGUUUACACGCAACAGCAGGCGCUUGACUGGAUGGGUUCCAAAAUCAAAAUCAACCGAGGUAGGAACGUUGCGUAUAAGAAAACUCACAUCGAUGAAGCUAUUGAGGCCAUCUCCUCCGUCAUUAUAUCUCAUGUGGAAAUUACCGACAUGGACUUCAGGCCUAAAGCUCUUUACGUUGCCAAUAUGGCCAGGCGUGUUUUGAUGGCAAAGCAUGACUCUGACAUGGUGGACGAUCGAGAUUACGUGGGAAAUAAGAGAUUGGAGCUUGCCGGUCAGCUCCUUGCCCUUCUCUUCGAGGAUCUGUUUAAGAAAUUUUGUUUCGAUAUGAAGAUGAACAUCAACAAAGUACUUGGAAAGAGGCGUCGCGAGAUCUUUGAUGCCAUGAGUGUCGUCACGUUACAUGGCAACCACAUAACUCAUGGGAUGAACAGAGCUAUAUCAACUGGUAAUUGGAGUCUUAAGCGAUUCAGAAUGGAGCGUGCCGGAGUCACCCACGUUUUGAGUAGGCUUAGUUACAUCGCAGCUCUGGGUAUGAUGACUCGAAUUUCUAGUCAGUUUGAGAAGACUCGGAAAGUUAGUGGUCCUCGAGCUCUACAGCCUUCACAAUUUGGAAUGCUUUGUCCGUCAGACACCCCAGAAGGAGAAGCAUGUGGUCUUGUAAAGAACUUGGCGCUCAUGACACACAUCACAACAAACGAUGAAGAGGGGCCGGUGUCCAAGUUGGUAUUCAUGCUGGGAGCCGAAGACAUUCAUACUCUAGGUGGGAAAGAGAUAUACGGUCCUGGUGCCUAUAUAAUUUCCAUGAACGGUACUCCAAUGGCUUUGACUAGACGACCGAAGUACUUCCUCGAAUCGUUUCGCCGGUUGCGACGGAUGGGUCGCAUCUCCGAGUUUGUUAGCAUUUACAUCAAUCAUCAUCAACGUGCAGUGCAUAUCGCUACAGACGAUGGGCGAAUCUGUCGGCCACUCAUUGUAGUCGAAAAAGGCCGUCCAUUAAUCACUACUAGGCAUCUGGAGAAACUGCGAGAUGGCUCGAUGCAAUUUGACGACUUUCUCGCCCAGGGCUUAGUCGAGUAUUUGGAUGUGAACGAAGAAAACGAUUCUAACAUUGCAAUCUACGAAAAAGACGUUGUAGACAUCACCACGCAUCUUGAGAUUGAACCCUUCACUAUCCUCGGAGCCGUCGCUGGUCUAAUCCCAUAUCCCCAUCACAACCAGUCGCCGCGAAAUACGUAUCAAUGUGCUAUGGGUAAACAAGCCAUUGGUGCCAUUGCUUCGAAUCAAUUCUUGCGUAUUGAUUCUCUUCUCUACCUGAUGGUGUAUCCUCAGAAGCCCAUGGUCAAGACUCGCACUAUUGAACUUAUCAAAUAUGACCAUCUACCAGCCGGCCAGAAUGCCACAGUUGCUGUCAUGAGUUAUUCAGGCUAUGAUAUCGAGGAUGCCCUGGUGUUGAACAAAGGAUCUGUUGAUAGGGGGUUUGGACGUUGCCAAGUAUUUCGCAAAUACGUGACCGGUUUGAAGAGCUAUCCAAAUGGAUCCGAGGAUAGGCUUCAAGGGCCCGACGUAGUGGAAGGAGUUCCUAUUGCAAAACAUGCCCUUAUCCAGAGUGAUGGUUUAGCUGCAGUGGGUAUGAAAAUCAGCCAGGGCGAAGUUUUCAUUAACAAAGCGGUUCCCAACGCCGCCUAUUCGACUGGCAUUACGGGUUCUGAUGUGGGCAGACCACCUACAUAUACCCCGGCACCCAUGACCUACAAACUGCCUGACCCUAGUUACAUUGAUAAGGUGAUGGUAUCUGUCACUGAAGGAGAGGGCAGGAUUUACAAGGUACAGACGCGUCAAACGCGUAGACCGGAGGUGGGAGACAAAUUCUCGUCCCGUCACGGACAGAAAGGUGUUGUUGGCAUUAUUGCAGAACAGGCAGAUAUGCCAUUCACCGACCAGGGCAUCGUGCCUGAUAUUAUCAUGAAUCCCCAUGGUUUCCCCUCGCGAAUGACGGUUGGCAAAUUACUUGAACUAGUUGCCGGCAAGGCCGGGGUUCUCUCUGGUCAGCAUGGCUACGGAACAGCCUUUGGUGGCAGUCCCGUCGAGCAGAUGUCGGCUAUUCUGGUCGACAAGGGCUUCAGCUACGGUGGCAAAGAUUAUCUCACUUCUGGAAUUACCGGCGAACCUCUCCCGUUCUACGUUUUCACGGGCCCGAUUUACUACCAAAAGCUGAAGCACAUGGUCCAGGAUAAGAUGCAUUCUCGUGCCACUGGACCUCGCGCAACUCUUACUCGCCAGCCAACCGAGGGUCGUUCUCGAGAUGGUGGUCUGCGCCUCGGAGAGAUGGAACGUGACUGUCUUAUUGCCUACGGCACGAGCCAGCUUCUGCUGGAACGUCUGAUGUUGUCCUCUGACAAGCAUGAGGUUGACGUUUGCGAGAAGUCGCUGUCGGACGUCGCGCGGGGUGGUGAAGAUGACAAUUCCCUACGCGGCGAAGCUGUUGAUCCAGGAGCUGCUAAGUAUGAACGUGACAGCUCGGCUGAAGCUUGGAGACGAGUUCCCGGAGGACCGGGAAACUCUUAUACUGUAGCCCCGGCUCCCGCCAAAGAACAACUGCCGGAUGACCGUCUUACUCUGCCUGGUGCCGGUCUUCCAUUAGAUUAUUCUCCAGAGUCACUGAAUCAGUAUGGAGUCAAGACUCGGUCUCUGUUUCCUACCGUGUUGGAUGACAGGGAUAUCGAGCGUGGGUAUAUCGAACAACCUGUGAUGACGCUUCGAGAAAAGAAGAUGCUGGAUUUGAUGAAUCAGUUCACAGACAUGGAGGACUGGUAUGAAGAAGGAAAGGUCUUCAAUGCAUGCUUUAUGCAAAACUGGGGAAAAGAGCUCAGCAAGGACCAAGACGUAACCCCAAAAAUGAUCGAUCAGCUAGCUAAUGAACUCCGAUUCAAGGCCGCGAUUACCAAAGCCAAUGGUUAUAUUAACAUCUUCACUGGAGACGUUGUUAAGACCUGCCGGUACAUCUUCGAUGAUCCCAAUUACUUAAGAGACCUGAACAGCGCGAUCAAAGCGUUUGAAAAGCCACUUUCUCGCAAUGUCGAGUACAGGAUGGUUACUGGACCGCAACAGAUCGACUACGUACAUCCGUCAUUCUUCCCAGUUGUGUUUGGCAGAAGUAGGAUUCUCCGAGAUCGUACUAUUAAUCGCGACGAGGCUGUGGAUUACAUGGGGAAAGGCGAGCUCCUGCCAAUCCCCACAGAUCCUGGACCUUCACGUAAGGAUUUGAGCUGGAAUAUUGCCUCACGCUCGGAUAUCAUGCCCCAUCCUUACAGCUCUCGAUUCCAAUGGCUUCCUAGUGAUGUGUACUUCCGGCCCGAUGGGACUUGUUAUUUCGACAGCUACAUAAACAAUAUUCAUCCUCAGAGAAGCAAAGAACUAUAUCCGUUCUUGGAGAAGCUACUGGAUAAAGUCAUCCCGAUGUUUGACAUGACCUUGACACCUGUGAAGAGUCUUCUUCAUACUCGGGCCCGAAUUGAGUUGCAAGAUGUUCAAUACAAGGAGAUAUCACCGGGAAAGACAGAACCGAAACCAACCGAAUCUCCACACGAGGCUAGACACGUAUAUGAAGAACGUCUCCGGGCAUGGAGGCGGAAGCACUUUACUGCCGUUCAGCCGGAGCCCGGUGAAUUCACGACUAUCGGCAUCACUCCUCAGAUGAUGGAGGGCCUCCCCCCUGAAGAGAGGAAUAAGCAUAGACUGGUGGAUGUGAUGGAUUUGAAGAAGGAGUAUGGUCGCCGCGGUUUGCAGGUGAUUGUACGAAUAGAUGACAAUGUUCCGACUCCUGAUGACCCGAACUUCCAUGUUCCGUGGCAUAUGGAAGGCCAGAUUAACGAGCACAUUUGUGCCUCAGCACUAUUCUACAACGAUAUGGAGAACAUUGAUUCAAUCCGUCUGGAUUUUCGGCAAGUAUCUGACACCCAAACAUUCCAAGACCUCGAAUACGAGCGCGGCGACACUGUAUGGCUCGAGCAAAUCUUCGGCAUGACGCACGAUGGUUCCACCGUCCAAGAGCACAACACGACCAUCAAGCUCAAAGAUCGCACAAAGGAAGGGCACGCCCAUUCCAUAAACUUCCUCUUGAUUGACCCUAACAUCCGCAUUAUCUCAAGUGCAAAUGUGCCCCCGCAGCGCCUUGAUUGGAAACGCGAAGCCGACGCAUAUGGUCCCGAUAUCACCAAGCUUACUUUGGAGGAAAAAGUGAAGAUUUGCCCGCGCGAAGGCGAUUUCCCCUGGGCGCUGCAGGAGGCUAAGGAGAUUUUGGUGCAGAAUAGAGAGGAACGGAUGAAAUUUAAUCAUUAUCAAGAUGUGGCUUUUCAUUCGAAGAAUGUUGCGCUAUGA